UAGUGGUUUGAUUACAGAUGGAAACCAGAUGUUUUAUAGAUAGUUUUCUAAAAGAGAAGGCCUGGUCUUGGUGAAAAUAAGCCACUGGGGCCGUAAUGGACAUAGCAAAAAGCAUUUAAGGUACAACCUGCAAAAGGCCACUGUCGCGAACGCGCUUGACGCGGUCUCUCCGGACGCGCUUCUUCUCUCCGUGUUCUUCCGGGCCAGGUUGAGCCUCGGAGGCCCCCGUAGGGCGCGGGCCGGGAGUGCGGGUCAAAAUGGAAGUGAAUCCCCCCAAGCAGGAGCAUCUGCUGGCGCUGAAAGUGAUGCGGUUGACCAAGCCUACUUUAUUCACCAAUAUUCCAGUAACAUGUGAAGAGAAGGACUUGCCUGGAGAUCUCUUUAACCAACUGAUGAGAGAUGAUCCUUCAACUGUAAGUGGUGCAGAAAUUUUAAUGUUGGGAGAAAUGUUGACGUUACCACAAAAUUUUGGGAAUAUAUUUUUGGGAGAGACCUUUUCCAGUUAUAUCAGCGUUCAUAAUGAUAGCAAUCAAGUUGUAAAAGAUAUCUUGGUAAAAGCUGAUCUCCAGACAAGUUCUCAGCGUUUAAAUCUUUCAGCCUCCAAUGCUGCUGUGGCUGAACUUAAACCCGAUUGUUGUAUUGAUGAUGUCAUCCACCAUGAAGUAAAGGAAAUUGGAACACACAUCUUGGUGUGUGCUGUGAGUUAUACGACUCAGGGUGGAGAAAAAAUGUACUUUAGAAAAUUCUUCAAAUUUCAGGUUCUCAAACCAUUGGAUGUGAAAACCAAAUUUUACAAUGCAGAGAGUGACCUCAGUUCUGUGACUGAUGAAGUAUUUCUUGAAGCCCAGAUUCAGAAUAUUACUACCUCACCCAUGUUUAUGGAGAAAGUUUCAUUGGAGCCAUCUAUAAUGUACAAUGUAACAGAAUUAAAUUCAGUCAACCAAGCUGGAGAAUGUGUGUCAACAUUUGGAUCAAGAGCCUAUCUGCAGCCAAUGGAUACACGUCAGUACUUAUACUGUCUGAAGCCCAAGAAAGAGUUUGCAGAGAAAGCAGGCAUCAUUAAGGGUGUAACAGUAAUUGGAAAACUGGAUAUAGUGUGGAAAACAAAUCUAGGUGAAAGGGGAAGGUUACAAACCAGCCAGCUUCAAAGAAUGGCUCCAGGUUACGGAGAUGUUAGGCUGUCUUUGGAGGCAAUUCCAGAUACCGUAAACCUAGAAGAACCUUUUCAUAUCACUUGUAAAAUAACAAACUGCAGUGAAAGGACUAUGGAUCUGGUUUUGGAAAUGUGCAAUACCAGUUCUAUCCACUGGUGUGGUAUUUCAGGACGACAGCUGGGAAAGCUGCAUCCAAGUUCCUCUCUCUGCCUUGCCCUUACUCUACUAUCAUCAGUACAGGGACUACAGAGCGUCUCUGGCAUAAGACUGACGGACACAUUCUUAAAGAGGACAUACGAAUAUGACGACAUCGCACAAGUCUGCGUGGUGUCUUCAGCCAUUGACGUGGAAAGUUAAAGAAAAUCUCAGUGUUAGACUUUUCCUGUAGUUUCACAGAACUGCUUUCUCUAUUUCUGUCACUUUUGUGAAAUGACCAAGUCAAUAGGACAGAUAAGUAUACAUUAUUUAAAUUUCUUUCCUGUAAAACAGGUAAAAUAUUAAAUAUUUGCUUUGAAAAGUACUGAUUUUAUCUUGUGGGUUAUAUUCUAAGUGAACAUUUCUACAUUUUCUACACAUUCUUAGUUUCAUUUUAAAUGACCAUUGGUCCUUGACUCCAGAAACUCUGCACUUGAGGCCAUUUGUCCCCAGCAUGUAUCCAAAACAGCCAUCAGGAAAUCUUUUUUUGCAAAGGGCAAGAUACCACAUAUCGUAGGUUUUGCAGGCAAACAAUGAACUCUGCUGUCCUGGUGUAAGAGCAGCUGUAUUUACAGUAAUACCCAGCUGGUCAGAUCUGGCCUGUGGGCCAUAGGUUGUAGGCCUGAAUCUAGAAGAUACAGACAUUUUUUUAGGGCUUUAGAAUUUUUCUAAUACUUUAUUUACAAAUUCUUAACUAGUAGUAGUUGACUACAGUUUUUUUCCUAGUACCUCAGUCAACAGAAAAGGUUUAUUGAAAACAACCGUGGUAGUCCUUCUGGAACCUGGUUAUUUGCUAACACAGUAUGAACUACUUUAGUUAUUUUCAAAAUUACUGUGUGGGCAUGUAUCUCUGUGUUUGUGAAUACAUACAAACAUAGUUAACUUACAAACACUGAAUAGCAUAUCAGAAUUAUUUUUAUUUCUUAGAUUGAUGAUUAAUCAGUUAACUGAUUAAUCAGUUUUAACUGAUUAAAACUAAAAAGCUUUUUUUUUUUUGCUGUACUGGAGCUUCAA